AUGCAUCGUUUCAACGCCCGGUUGCUACUAAAUCUGUUCCUCGCGAUUGCCGUUUUCACAGCGCCGGGGACAGCUGAUGAUCAGGAGUGUGCGCCGUGCGCCCAAAACUCCCCACCACCACCGUCACCGCCUCCGCCGUCACCACCACCGCCCCCAUACUGCCCACCGACGCCGUCACCACCACCGCCGUCACCGCCACCGUCUCAAUACUGCCCUCCAGCCCCUCCUCCUCCGCCUCCAGUAUUGUUCAUAUGCAUAACAUGUCAGCCGGGGAACUUGCAUCCUUUUGACGACUUCAGUGCUGCCGCCCAGACUUCGAUCAUGAGGUUGCCUGUUUUGGUAGCCUUGGGAGGAUUGUUGGGUCUUUUGGCAUUUUAG